UGUCCCCUCUCUGAUGGCGCCGGCUCCCUCCCCAGCGCUGAGUCCAGAGUCCGGCCGCCAGCCCCGCGCGUCCCGCACCCCGCGCUCGCAGACCUCGGCUGCCGGGUGUGGCGCGGGGACUGGGGAACGCUGGCCCGUGCCCAGUGCGGUCGGAGCCUGUCCCGCGCGUCCCCGGGACGCGCUUCUUCCCGCCCCCGCCCGCGCCAGCGCCCGCACCCGGAUCCCCACUUCUCCCGGCCCUCGGGAACCCGGAGAGCCCUGAGAUGGCGUUGGCGGAAGUGAAGCCCCAAGCGGGGGUCGGCGAGGCUGGUGAUCAGCGCCGGUAACAUGGCCUUUCUGUCCUCUCUCCCGUCGCAGUGCACCCCUUAAACAACCACCCCCGCGUUUUCCCCGUACUAGAUGGUUAGGGCUCGUAGUGCCGAACUACGCUGCUGCUACAAAAUAGCUUUUUGGGGGCAACAUAAAAAAAAAUUGUAUGUAUAGUUUAUAUUCAAUAAAAUGCCCCAUUUUCAGUGUGCAAAUCGACGGGAUUUGACAAAUUAUACACUCCUGUAACCGUUAUCCCAAGUGGACAUUGACCAUUUCCUUCACCCUGCAAAGUUCCCUGGUACCUCCUUCCUGUCAAUCCGCCCCAGGCCCCUCAUUCUACCCUGGUUCUGAUUGUUAUCAUAGUUUAGCUUUGCCUGUUCUAGAACUUCAUAGAACAAGAUCAUCAGAUUAUAUCUGGGUGUUGGCACCCAGCCACUAUUCUGCCAAUGAAGUACAUCCUGGUCACGGGUGGGGUCAUCUCAGGCAUCGGUAAAGGGAUCAUUGCCAGCAGCAUUGGGACGAUUCUAAAAUCAUGUGGACUCCGAGUUACUGCCAUCAAAAUCGACCCCUAUAUUAACAUCGAUGCUGGCACUUUUUCACCUUAUGAACACGGUGAAGUCUUCGUCUUAAAUGAUGGUGGAGAAGUUGAUUUAGACCUUGGAAAUUAUGAAAGAUUUUUGGAUAUUAAUCUUUAUAAAGACAACAAUAUCACCACGGGGAAGAUAUAUCAGCACGUGAUCAACAAAGAGAGGCGUGGCGAUUACCUGGGGAAAACAGUGCAAGUUGUCCCUCACAUUACUGAUGCUGUCCAGGAGUGGGUUAUGAACCAAGCCAAGGUGCCGGUGGAUGGUAAUAAGGAAGAGCCCCAAAUAUGCGUUAUUGAGCUGGGAGGCACCAUUGGAGACAUCGAAGGAAUGCCGUUUGUGGAAGCGUUUAGACAAUUCCAGUUUAAGGCGAAAAGAGAGAAUUUCUGUAAUAUCCAUGUUAGCCUUGUCCCACAGCUCAGUGCUACCGGAGAACAAAAAACCAAGCCCACCCAAAACAGUGUCCGCGCGCUGAGGGGGUUAGGCCUGUCUCCAGAUUUGAUUGUCUGCCGAAGUUCAACGCCCAUCGAGAUGGCCGUGAAGGAGAAGAUUUCUAUGUUUUGUCACGUGAACCCUGAACAGGUCAUAUGUAUCCAUGAUGUUUCUUCCACAUACCGAGUUCCUGUGCUUUUGGAGGAACAAGGCAUUGUCAAAUAUUUUAAGGAGAGAUUGCACCUGCCCAUUGGUGAUUCUGCAAGUAAUUUGCUUUUUAAGUGGAGAAAUAUGGCUGACAGGUAUGAAAGGUUACAGAAAAUAUGCUCCAUAGCCCUGGUUGGCAAAUACACCAAGCUCAGAGACUGCUACGCCUCUGUGUUCAAAGCCCUGGAACACUCAGCCCUGGCCAUCAACCACAAGUUGAAUCUGAUGUACAUAGACUCCAUUGAUCUGGAGAAGAUCACUGAAACCGAGGACCCUGUGAAAUUUCACGAAGCUUGGCAGAAGCUAUGCAAAGCUGAUGGUAUUCUUGUGCCUGGAGGCUUCGGAAUCAGAGGAACAUUGGGAAAACUCCAGGCGAUUUCUUGGGCAAGGACAAAGAAGAUUCCUUUUCUGGGAGUUUGUCUUGGGAUGCAACUAGCAGUGAUAGAGUUUGCAAGAAACUGCCUUAACUUGAAAGAUGCUGAUUCCACAGAAUUUAGGCCAAAUGCCUCAGUUCCUCUGGUGAUUGAUAUGCCUGAGCACAACCCUGGCAAUUUGGGAGGAACAAUGAGACUGGGAAUAAGAAGAACUGUUUUCAAAACUGAAAAUUCAAUAUUAAGGAAACUUUAUGGUGAUGUUCCUUUUGUAGAAGAAAGACACAGACAUCGGUUCGAGGUAAACCCUAAGCUGAUCAACCAAUUUGAGCAGAAUGACUUAAGUUUUGUAGGUCAGGAUGUUGAUGGAGACAGGAUGGAAAUCAUUGAACUGGCAAAUCAUCCUUAUUUUGUUGGUGUCCAGUUCCAUCCUGAGUUUUCUUCUAGGCCGAUGAAGCCUUCCCCUCCGUACCUGGGGCUGUUACUUGCAGCAACAGGGAACCUGAAUGCCUACUUGCAACAGGGUUGCAAACUGUCUUCCAGUGAUAGAUACAGUGAUGCCAGUGAUGACAGCUUUUCAGAGCCAAGGAUAGCUGAGUUGGAAAUAAGCUGAAACGAAUACAUGACUGGGAAUAAUGGGGACUGCCUGUGAGGCAUCUGAAAUAAUUGAAGGCAAGAUGAAGGAACUAUCUGAAGAAAUCACUACACUCUUAUAGAAUCCCUCUGUUCUCCGGCAAACAUGAGAUGUAAAGCCUCACAGGGAAUCUGAUAAUACAUACUUCUGUGAACCAGAACCAGAGGGGUAGUUUUCUUUUCCCUCCAGAGGCAGCCUUUGGUACUUAAAUAUCUGUAGCUGAUUAAAUUUUUCCCAACAACCUCGCUGGGGAGAAAGUGUGUUCAUAUUUUGUCCAGUGGAUCAGGAUGUUAGGAUGACGAGCAAGAGUCCAGGUCACCGUGCCUUUGCUGUGAUGUAUGGAAAGGAUGGCAGGGAACAUGCCGUAAGUAAUUUUGAGUAAGAAAAUGAGUCACUGUGUUACCUGGAACUGAGCCACAGAUUUGUGUGUGGUCCAAGAUCAUUUCGGUUUCUUACCCUGUUUAUUACCUGGUAAAAGUAAAAUUGAAUAGGUCCAAGACUUGGGGGUAUAAUGCUUUGCCUCAGACACAAAAUUUAAGGGGGUUCCAAAAAACUCAGGAAUCAAGAUCAGUAAUACAGUUUGAGUAUCCCUUAUGUGAAAUGCUUGGGGCUGGAAGUGUUUUGAAUUUCAGAUUUUGGAAUAUUUGCAUAUACAUGAGAUAUCUUGGGAAUGAGACUCAAGACUAAACAUGAAAUUCAUUUAUGCUUCAUAUACACCUUAUACACAUAGCCUAAAGGUAAUUUUAUACAAUAUUUUAAAUAAUUGUGUGCAUGAAACAGAGUUUCAACUGCAUUUUGACUAUGAUUUCUGGAAUGAGAUCAGGUAUGGAAUUUUCCACUUCUAGCAUCAUGUUGGCAUUCAAAAAUUUUGGAAUUUUGGAGCAUUUUGGAUUUUGGAUUUUCAGAUUAGGGAUGCUCAACCUGUAUAUAUACAUUUUAAUCGACGUGAAAUUCACAUAACAUAGAAUUAACCAUUUUGAAGUGAACAAUUUGGUUGCAUUCACUGAUGCUGAGCAACCACCACCUUUAGCUAUUUCCAAAACAUUUUCAUCACUCCAAAAUAAAUGCCUGUACACACUAGCAGUCACUCCCUAUUUUCCCCUCCACCUGUCCACUGGCAACCACUGAUCUCCUUUUUAUUUCUGUGGCUUUUUCUAUUCUGGAUAUUUCAUGUAAGUGGAAUUAUACAAUAUAUGUGGUCUUUUGUGUCUAGCUUCUUCUGAGACAGUAGGAAGGGGGCUUGGCUUUGGCUCAUCUCCACUAGAGCAUUUUUUCAUGCAUUCCCACUGAUCAUAAAACCCAUACUACUACCUCAUUGACACCAUACCUGCUAACCUCGAGGCUUUAGCCAUACAAAGAAAAUGGCCUUUCUAUAUUGUUCUUCUGUGCUCUCAUAAUGCUUAACCAUGUCUUUUACUUAAACAAUUCCAGGAACUGGCCUUAGGAGAUCCAAAAUAGGGAGCCAAGAUUGCAGAGUGUCCCAUCUUGGGAGGGAAUGCUGAAUAAUUAAUUGAUUUACAGCCUUGUUGCUGCUGGCCAGACCACCCGGUGACCCAUUACUCGAGAUAAUCAUCACAACCGGAUGAUGCUAACCUAUAUCCUCUACCCUUCGCGUGCUUUGUCUGGGAAAAGUCUUUUGGCCCCAUGUCAAUUUCUAUUGCAUUGAAAGACUAAGAGCCCCUGGUCAGUCAGGCUUCCAUUUAGCAUGAUGUUUGCAAGGUUUACCCAUGUUGUAGCAUGUGUCAGAACUUCAUUCCUUUCUAUGGCUGAAUAAAAUUCCAUUGUAUGAAUAUACCACAA